AAGAUGAGGCCCUUGACUGAAGAGGAGACCCGAUUGCUGUUUGAGAAGAUUGCGAAAUACAUCGGGGAGAAUCUACAGCUCCUGGUGGACAGGCCCGACGGCACCUACUGUUUCCGGCUGCACAACGACCGAGUGUACUCUGUGAGUGAGAUGAUCCUGAAGCUGGCCGCCAACAUCUCCGGGGAUAAGCUAGUGUCACUGGGGACGUGUUCUGGAAAGUUUACCAAGACCCACAAGUUCCGGUUGCACGUUACCGCUCUCGAUUACCUUGCACCCUAGGCUAAGUAAAAGCCUGGAGCAGAGCAGUCCUUCUUAUAUGGAAACCAUGUGUUGAAAUAUGGUCUGGGUCGAAUCACUGAAAAUACUUCUCAGUACCAGGGAGUAGUGGUUUACUCCAUGGCAGACGUUCCUUUGGGUUUUGGGGUGGCAGCAAAGUCUACUCAAGACUGCAGAAAAGUGGACCCCAUGGCAAUUGUGGUGUUCCAUCAAGCAAACAUUGGUGAAUAUGUACGGCAUGAAGAGACAUUAACUUAGUAUGGGCAUCCCAAGAACUCUUUGCUGUAUGAGAGGACUUAAGCUGUUUCCUAUGUGUGCAGACAUCAUCGUGUCAAAUUUGGAUAACACUGAUAUAUGCAACUUGGAUUCUUACUCAACAGAAAUGGCUCAAAAAUAGAGUUUCAGGCCAUCUAGAGGCAAAAGCAGGUGGAUCACAAGUAUAGGGGGCUACUUGGGCAAUUUCAAGGCUAGCCUGGGCUACAUAGUGUGACCCCUGUCUCAAAAAUCUAAAACAAACAAACCAAAACCUAUCAAGUGUU